AUGGAUUAUGGUGGUCAGUUGGACUAUGAGGGAAGAAUAAUGUCACAAGUUGCAGUGGGUGGGGCUGACCGUUGCGAUAACACAGCCCACCCUGAAGUACUUAUUGCUCAACGUCCAAACCUCAAUGAGACCACUUCACUCUCUCAGAGUGAACUUACGUCAGCUCUACAGAAUGAUUUUGAAACUGGACUCCCCUCAAAAACAUCUCUCAACAAUAACGGGGGGAACAAGGAGCUGGAGAGCCAGAAAAGCACAGAAGAAGAAGAGGACAUUGAUGAGGUGAUGAAGGAUGAAGAGGAGGAAUCAGAAGAAUCAAGUUGUCAAAUGCACUGCCAGUCCCCAGAUACUCCCAUGACAGAUUCCUCCUAUUCAGAAACAGGAAGCAUGCUGGAAAAUCCCUUCAGUCCAGGCACAAGUCCAGAACCUACGUCACCUAUCAUCCAAGAAACGUCAUGUCCCAUCAGCCCACUGGAUCUGGUCCAGAGUGAAGUAAACUUUGCUGGUUAUAUUGCCCCAUCCAGCACACCAGGACAUAUUGUCAUGAAGGGGCCUGUGCUUUCUCCUCAACCAUCUUUAACCUCGGACACAGGCCUGAGCUGCACUGAUGCAUCCAAACAUAUCUCAGCAAAUCAGGAGACUUCCUCUUCUUUGCCCAUCUCUGCUCUGAUGGCCUCUUUGGAGCUAUUGGCCCAGAGAGGAGAUGAUACUUGCCUCCCACAACAACUUCAUCAGAUUGCUGAGGCCUCUGUCCGUCAUGAAGAUUACCAUUUGGCUUUACGGUGCAUUCAGCUGGAGAAGCUUUAUCACCAGAGAGUGUUGGACAACCUGAAUGCUCUUCAGCAGCAGUGGGCUGAUGACAUCGAAGGUUCGAUGGAGCAUAGCCAUCUCCCCACGCCCUCCAUUAAUCUGUCACAUCAGAUCAAUUCCAAAAAAAUAGACAGGGAAGCCCCGGAAUGCAAUAUAGAAGGGAAGUCUGGUUCCCCUGGGAGUGAGUUGACUGACGAGAAUAAGGCCAGUGGCAGAGUGCAAGGGGAGUGUCUGGAACGCACCACUUUAACCCAAGAAAUGAUGUGGCACCCCUCUGGAGCUGGAGUAAUGGACCAGCCCGAGCCUGCAGAGCAGCAGGGAGGAGAUUUAGGUUCAGCACAGGAAAAGGAGCUGGAUGAGGAAAACAAGGGGAGCAAUGUGGGAGAGGCAGCGGAGGCACCGAUAAUGGAAGAUGAGACUGAGGAAGAGGAGGCAGAGGAAGAGAGAAAAGAGCUCUGUGGGAUCGCUGUGACGACGGAACAUCUGGAGCAGGAAGCUCAAGUGUUUGGAAAAGAGGAGAUAACGGAGGGAAAUGAGAGCAGCCUGCAGCAGGAUGAUGUCCAUCUUCCUCAAGAGACUCUCCUGAAACACGACAAGCUAGCCAACGAGGAAGAAGAGGAGGAUUAUGAGUCUGAGCUAGCUGACACCUUUCCAGAAGCAGUCACCUUGGACGACAUGGCGAAACUUAUCACUGUCGAAGAGAUUUCGCCUGUUUCUGGCCUCAUCUCCAUCCUGAAAAAGAGGAAUUUACCUUCUGACGAUGUCAGUUUGUCUGAACAUCUGGAUAAAUCCACUGCCAAAAGACGCGUUCGCUUCAAAGUGGCAGAUGAUGGUUUUGAAAAUGUUGGUGGCAGAGACUCUUGCCUGCUUCUCUUCCUGCUUUGUCUGGUUACUGUGGUGAUCAGCAUGGGCGGCACAACCCUUUACUGUGCUCUGGGUGACGUGCGCUCCUCCGUCUGCCAGGACUUCUCUAGAAAUCUGGACUUUUACUUUGGACAAAUGCAGCGUGCUGUAACUCACAUCCAACAGUGGUUUGGCCCGAGUUCAACGUAG